GGGAAUUUUUCAAAACGAAUUGAUUUCAGAUCCGAGGGACACCUUUGUAUCGGCGGCAAGAAUCCACCACAUGACGUCUUUGAACGAAUUGUAAACGGAAAAUUCAAGUAUGCGAAUCGUAGUCGAAUUCGAGUCACAGUCCUCAAUCGAAAACCAGAAGCGAAGAACGGCUGUAUUCUGGCUCUGAAUGAGGUUUUUGUCGGGGAAAACGAAGCUGCAAAGGUUUCGACUUAUACAAUUUCAAUCGAUGAUCAACCAAUGGUGAAACAGAAGAGCAGCGGACUUAUCGUUUCCACCGGAACUGGUAGCACCAGCUGCCAGUUUCUAAUGAGCAGCAGUCUGCCAUUCCACCAGAUUCAGGUAUUAUGGAAUGAACCGCGUAGAGGAGCAGCUGCGCAGGGUAUGGGAGUCGAAGUUAAGACAAGCAUGCGGGAGCUGGCUGGUGAAAUCGCCAAAAAACUGAACGAUAAAAUCGCCUUUGAACCGAAUCAUCCGAAUUUCGCCUACUCAAUUCGUGAGCCGAUAUUCAACGCCACAUUCAAGCGCACAAACGUGCGCGGAUUCGCUCGUCGAAUUCGUCUGAAGUCAAAGUGUUCGAAAGGCUUUCUCGUACUCGACGGUGCCACAAAGAUUCCAUUCAAUAAUGGUACCGAAGUGCUUCUAGAGAUCAACGAAGCCGACUCUCUCCGAACGAUCGUUUUAUAG